GCGUCUGGAGGGAAGAGCCCAUCCAACCCUAGCCCCCGACCCACAUCCACGCACUCCUCCCUCCUCCCUCUACAACCGUCGCGCCCAUUCCUCUCUUCCGCCUCCCUCCUCCUUCCCAGAUCCCUGCCACCGCCACACCCACUCGUCUCCUCCUCUCUCUUCUAGCUUCCUCCCCCUUCCCGAUCUCUGCGUCGGCCGUCGCGCGAGAGGAGCAGCGGUGGCGGAGACGCUCAGGUGGCGGCGCUCGGGUGCGAGACGACCGAAGCGGGAGGGGCUACUCCGGGCCCCGAUCUGAGGGUUCAGUUCCAGGGCGCUGGCACCUUCUCCCUCUACGACGCCGGGGGCGAGCUGGGGUUGGUCGUCACCACGGUCGACCACCUCCCGUCGGUGCACGACGGCGGUCGGGUCGGACCGGGACAGAACCGCAGGAGGCCAUGAAGGGCACGGCGGCUGCUGGCGGAAGCAGCAGGGUUUGAAGGAGCGGCAGAUGUGGGCAGGGUCGGCGGUUGGGGCAGGCUCGCCAACUGGGCAAAAGCGAGCGCUGGUGAGCGCAAUGAAAGGAAGCCAAGCGUCGGCGUACGUCAACGAUUCGGGCGCCUGCGGCAUGUAUCUUGGUGAAUGUACAGAGCUAAUGUUCAAUACAUUCUCUCAGGAAUAUCUGAUCUGCGCCAUGACAAUAUGGCCUUGCUGCAGCCAGGCGGUUCUUGGGAGUAUGGUGCUUCGAUUUGGUUCCUGUGGUGAGUGUAUAUGGAGAGGCCGCAAGCAGCAGGGGUCAGCGGAGCGGCUGCUGCGGUCGACAGAGCAGCAGGAGCAAGGAGCUCGAGAUGGUUCAGGUAGAGCGCCUACAACGAUUACUGAACUGGAUAGAGGUGCCUUAUGAUAGUAUAGCUAAAGAACAUCAGGAGCUGGUGUUAUGUUCUACCUGAUCGAUUUUUAGCAGACUUGGUGAGGGGGAUGUUGGCUGAGUGCGCUCUUGCAGCGUGAAUGUUGGCUGAGUCAACUGAUUCUAGGUGCGGGUGCGCCCUCUCCCUGGGCGCCGCGUGCACAUCGCGCUGUCUGCAGGAGCGUGCGGCAGGCUGUGGACGGGUGCCUCAGCUGCGUGCGUUUGUUCCCUGCCGCUGCAGGUGGGCUCUGUUUCUAGCUGGUUCGGCUCGUCUGUCACCGGCUUGUUUUCAUGUGUGUGUUGUUGGUCUCGUCCCGUUUGGAGAGAGAUGUUGGGCUGACCGAUGCAUCGUGCGCAUGGGGUCCCUGGCUGACUCCGUCGCUCUGACCUGACUAGUUGACAGCCCGUGCGCUGCCACGGGCUUUGUAAAAUUUGUACUGGUUGCAUGUCGAAUUUAACAUGGACAGAAAAGAUAGCCAAUAACACACAAAAAUGAUCUAAAA